CAGGGAGUUAGAGGGUUGCCCUUAGCGCUUCGAAAAAAGUCCUCCAGAAGUGAGUAUCAAUCAGAAGAGAGGAAGAAAGGCGGAGAAAAGAGGAAUAGAACGGCUUAGUGGAGCCACAAACAGCGAGAUAUAUGUGCGCAGUCCAGGCUCGGGCGAGAUUCUGCGCCGACGAUUGCUUUUUGGGAAUGGCCUCUUACGGUUUCAACCGCCGAAAAAGUGCAAAGUAGACAUUCGUUUGGAUUAUCUUCACCAACGGAGCCCUUUCUAAACCGUUACGGACACCGCUGCUCGCGCUUAUCGCUGCCACCAGGAGGGGUUUGGUCGGUUCUCCGCUGGAUCUGCUGCGGGAGAAAUGAGUGACAGGAGGCGAUCCGCCGCCGCGCUCAGCUCCAGAGCGCACGCCUUUUCGGUAGAAGCCCUGAUCGGGACGAACAAGAAACGGAAGCUCCGGGGCUGGGAGGAUAAGCAGCUGGAGCUGUCCAUGGAGAACCUCGCUACCAACGGACAGUUAGGAGACGGCGAGGAUCCGGCGCACUGCCUGGACAUCGAUCCGGAUUCCGAAGCCAGCCCCGGCUCCGACGGGGAGGGUUUGGCGGAGAGAACGUCGUGCUCCUACGGGUCCAGCGGCGACCUGACCCCGGCGGCGUGCGAGCCCUCGCCCGCGGCCUCCAUGGAAGAAAUCCAGGUGGAGCUGCAGUGCGCUGACUUGUGGAAGCGCUUCCACGACAUCGGCACGGAAAUGAUCAUCACAAAGGCGGGGAGGAGGAUGUUUCCUGCCAUGCGGGUGAAGAUUGUGGGGCUGGACCCUCAUCAGCAGUAUUACAUAGCCAUGGACAUAGUACCUGUGGACAACAAGAGGUACAGGUACGUGUAUCACAGCUCAAAGUGGAUGGUAGCAGGAAAUGCAGACUCCCCCGUCCCGCCACGCGUAUACAUCCACCCAGACUCUCUGGCAUCCGGGGACACGUGGAUGAGACAGGUGGUCAGCUUCGACAAACUGAAACUCACCAACAACGAGCUGGAUGACCAAGGACACAUAAUUCUCCACUCCAUGCACAAGUAUCAACCUCGCGUCCACGUGAUUCGCAAGGACUGUAGCAGUAACCUGUCUCCCACCAAGGCCGUGCCCAGCGGGGACGGGGUGAAGACCUUCAGCUUCCCUGAGACAGUGUUCACCACCGUCACCGCCUACCAGAACCAGCAGAUUACCCGACUAAAGAUUGACCGCAAUCCGUUCGCUAAAGGGUUCAGGGACUCUGGGAGAAACAGGACUGGUCUGGAGGCCAUCAUGGAAACAUACGCCUUUUGGAGACCACCUGUAAGGACGCUCACGUUCGAGGACUUCACCAACAUGCAGAAACAGCAAGGGGGAAGCACGAGCUCGUCGCCCACCACCUCGAGCGCGGGCACGCCGUCGCCGUCCAGCGCCGCACACUUGCUCUCGCCCUCCUGCUCUCCCCCUGCUUUUCAUCUGGCCCCCAACACCUUCAACGUGGCCUGCCGGGAGAGCCAGCUGUGUAACCUGGGCCUGUCCGAGUACCCAGCCUGCGCCCGGAGCAACAUGGCCGCUCUGCAGGGCUGCGGCGGGCUAGCCGACGGCUCCUACGGCCGCCUCCAAACGGCGGGGGGCGCCGUGAGCUCCGCCCCGCCCUCAGACUCCUUCCUCCCGCAGAGGACUCCCUCUCUGCUUGCGGCGGGUAUGCAAGGAGGGGGCGGGGCCGGGGGCGGGGCCGGGGGCGGGGCCGGCGGUAAGAUGGAUGCCUACGGAGGCCCGCUGGCUUCGUUCCCCUCCCCCCAGCUCCAGUACGUGAUGCAGGCCGGAGCGGGCUCCGCCCCCGGCUCGUCCUCCACGCCAGGAACCCCGCCCUCCUCCGCCCACAUGUUCAGCGGGAGCCACCAUCACAUGCAGCAAGGCUCCUAUAAUGCAUUUUCCUUGCACAAUCCCUACAACCUGUACGGAUACAACUUCCCAGGCUCACCUCGUUUGGCAGCCAGCCCAGAGAAGCCUCAGGCUGGCCUGCUGUGCUCCUCGUCCUCGGCGGGGGCCUUCGCGGAGCGCCAAUAUCUCUCUGGCAGCACCAUGGACGGCAUGCACAUGAUCGGCUGUCCCACCGGGAGCCAGCAGGGGGCGGCGUCCUGUGACGGCCGCCAGUACGGAUCCUCCACUCAAAUGUCUAUGCACACGGUUUAAAGAGAGUAAGUCUGUGUGCACCAGCGCAGCGAAACACCACUGCGACCCACUUCAGCUCUCGGGACGUUUGUCAUAUCAGAUGUCUGACGUAUUCUUAGGACAGGAGGCACGCGGCCUUUCGUCGGGAGACCCAGAACAACUUCACUUGUUGCUGAUGAACAAAGUGACCUUUUCGAAACAGGAACUCAUUAGUGUGUGCCUGCCAUGAAUUUCACAAAUCCGACUUAAAUGGACAACAUUCGUGUGUUAUUUAUAUCCUUUUCCCUUGUGAUAGGUAACUGUGUAAGCUCACGUGGACGUGUGUCCGUUUCCGUCCUCGACACAGAGCCGUGUGGCAGGGAGCAGAAGUCUCGGUCUUAUAAGGGUGUGCUCCUUAAGGAGUUGACCUCUGGUGCAAUACUGGACUCCAAGAAUCUGUUCUUAGCUCAAAUGACGUUUGUCUGAAGAAGAGACACUCAGAUCUGCCCUAGGAUUUGUCUUUGUUUCAUUUUUGUGUAUUUGAUCAAAGUAUAUCGCAUUUGCAUCGGAGGAAGGUGUCAGAGAACUGGAAAAAGGAUGGUGUUGUCAGUGUCAAAGAAAUCCACUACGAAACACCAGACAGGAAGUGUGUGAAGGUUGAGAGGAAUGAUAGACAGAUAUGAUACAGUGAACCAGAUCAGAAAACAUGUGUCUGUUCUAAAGUUCACCUGAAGGACACUCAUGUGCUAAGAGUGAGUUGUACGUUUGGAGGUGGACAGCCUUCUUAAACACGGUACUGGUGAACGUGCGUGAAUCAUAAAGCUAUAAUGUUGAUGUGUGGAAAAAAACCCAGGAAGCCAUGUAAUGAAAAUACGUUUUGAAGUGUGUGGAUAACAGAAGUAUUUAAGCGCUAUGCGACAAUAUAGUUCUACAUCUAGUUUAUAGUGAUCUUUAAAAGUCAUGUGUGGAAAAGGAGAAAGCAGAUAUAUUCUUUUAGACCUUUUGAAACUGUAAAUACAGGUGCCAAGCACAAAAUCUCAAAUAAACAACUCAGUUCAUAAAAUA